AUGAACGGAGUUGGAUUACGAAUUUAUCCAAACGGUGAUCGCUAUGUUGGUCAAUGGAAGAAUGGUAUUCGUGAUGGCAUCGGAACCAUGGCUUGGACUAACGGAAAUGUUUAUCGCGGGGAAUGGACGUGCGGUGCAAUAAAUGGUUACGGGGAGUAUGUGUGGAACGGAUUUUUUAAUAAAACUUUUACUUGGCCACAAGAAGCUUCCUAUGCAGGCUAUUGGCGUUACGGAAUGCGUAAUGGCAAAGGAAAUAAUGGCGAAAGAUCCAAGUCUAAUUUAAUGUUUUCAAAUGACGUUUUGUAUACCUCUAACGUUGCAAGCGAUCUUUUAGAAUGUGAAACGGAAAUGGAGGAUGAAGAGAACUGCGUGCGCGCGGUUAAAGAAAUAAAACAUACAUUUGUUGACAAACCUAAUCAAUUAACGGAAACUGCAGUAACUUCUAUCUUAAAGCCAGAACAGUUUCCAGAUUUGUCUUAUUACAUAACUCGUUUAUUGGAUCCAAAAAGUCUGGAGCCACCUUUAAUACCCGCGGUUCCAUCUGGAAAAUGUCACGACUGUGAAAACGAAUCUUGUUCCUGUUUGAUGCAGACAAUUUCAACCGUUGCGGUUGCAAGUGAGCAAGAAGAACGUACACAAACGGAGAUCGAUUCGAAAUUGUACAAGGAAGAUACGGGAGAGUCUGUUUGGAGAUAUGAAGAACGUUGGACGUACAAUUGCUUAACAUUGCAUAUGUUUCGUUUACGUGAAAUUUACAAUGAUUAUGCUAAAUUGUUCGCUAAGUCAGCGUAUCAAUGUAAUCUCGUAAUGACUAGACUGUGUUUAUGGCAAAUGUGGAGAGAUUGUGGUAUUCAUAGAAAGGGCCUCAGUCUCAUUGAAAUCGACGAUUACAUAGCGAAAAAUGAAACCACCUUAAUGAAAGAUCCUCAUCAUCCUUUCGAGAAGAUUGAAAUUUGGCAAUUCUUGCAUGCGUUGCUAGAAAUUUCGUGGCAUUUGUAUACGAAAUAUGACGACGUAGAAACUGUAGAAAUGAAUGGAAAACUCGCUGGUGGUCUGCAUAAGUUGUUAGAAAAUAAUAUAUACCCUCAGGCUGGAAAUCAUGUCGGUACAACAGAUUUGCAACCACUUCCAACAAUUGCUGAAGCUAUCAAAAAUUUCCCAGAUGGAAUUAAUUCUGUGACAAUAGGUGAGAAAGUCAGUUAUUUAUUGAAACUUGAUGAAAUUUUGGCAUCACCCCAUUGUACCAUUGAUGUAUCAAGGAAAAAUGACGAUAACACAGAUAAUAGAUUACUGGUCUAUAAGCAACUAGAAGCUUCAAAGAUGGUGGAAAUUAUGACAUUAAUAUGUCCUGAAAUAAAAGAUGCAAAUAACAGUAUAAUUAAAAAUAUGGAUUACAAGUUGACAUUUCUUGAAUUUUAUGAAAUAAUACUAGAAGCAACGAAACAAUUACUUUCCUUAAAAACGGAAACUGAGAAAGAGUUGCAAACGAAGAAAGUCGAGAGCAAAACCACGUCAUUAGAAAGGAAUAAUUUACAAGAAAAAAGGACUUCUCGAAGUAAUGAAUACUAUUCAACCCGAAAAGACACUAAAAUUAAGAACAGAGCUUAA